AUGGAGACUACCACCUUCGUAGCUUCUGUCUUAGGAUUGGUAUCAUUUUUCGGAGUCGCAUUCAACUGGACAGUGGUUAUUGCAAAUCGACAAAUCCCAUCAUCCAAACAUUCUUUCGGAAUAUUGACUGCGUACCAAGCAUUUGGAGAUGCCAUUCAUUCCACCAUAUUUUUCUUUUUUGUCUGCCCAACUAUCUAUUUAAACAACGAAUUUCUCAUGAAUCAUCUACAUUAUGCUGGUUACUGGCUAAUGUUCGGCUACGAACUCUCAACACAGUCUCAUCUUCUCAUAUCCUUUAACAGAUUUUGUGCAGUUUUUUAUCCUACAAAGUACUUCACAAUCUUCAGCAUCCGUAAUACUCAUCGUGUUGCAACAGUGCUAAUUCUAUUUUCCUUGACAUACACGUUUGCAAAUUAUUUCAUGGGGUGCACACUGAACUGGUAUAAAGAAGUCUUCCUCUUCAAUUUCCCACCUAUCGAGUUCUGCCUCAUUUUUGUGUUUUACACCGAUUUUUGCAAGUUUUUGUUUACCAUUUUACUGGUAGUCAUCAUUGAUGUCCUAACAGUUUUCCGUGUUCACCAACUCAGAAAAAAGGUUCUGUGGUUAAAAAAAAUAUUUGUCUCGGGAAGUUUUUGUUUUCAGAUUCGAGGUACUACAGCUUCAGCAGAUGCAAGGGCAGCAGCACAAAGAUCUCGAGAAAUGAGUUUUCUAAAGCAGACAUGUGCACAAGGAUCCAUCUUCACAUGUGAACUCAUAACAUAUUUUAUUUUGUCUCCAAUGAUUAAAAAUCAGUGGCUUCUAUUCUUAAGUACCUCAUUUGCUUGGGUAUCUGUACACGCUCUCGAUGGGUUCGUAACCCUUAUGUUCAACCAAGACAUGCGAAAGUUCAUCAAGAAGUCAAUUCUUCGGAAGCCAAUUCCGCAUGACCUUGCUUCCAAAAUCAGCUCAACUCGUACACAACUUAAUUAA